AACAAAUAAAUAAGGGGAAACAAAUUGUAGGUGAGAUUUGGUACAAAAGGAGAGUGAGAAGGAGAUAAGAAAAGGAAUAGGAAUAGGAGAAGCGAGUAGUAUAAAUGCCCAAAGCUUCAUUUCAUUCAAUCGCACCGUUGAGCUCUUCUUUAUCAAUAUCAAUCUCUUUUGCUCCUUAUACUAAGCGUAGCUCCUUUCUUCGCUUCUCUUUCCGUACUACUACUGUUAGAGCAAUGGCUUCCCACAUUGUUGGAUAUCCCCGGAUGGGACCCAAGAGAGAGCUCAAGUUUGCCUUGGAAUCUUUCUGGGAUGGGAAGAGCAGCACUGACGAUUUGCAGAAGGUGGCGGCAGAUCUUAGAGUAUCUAUCUGGAAGCAGAUGGCUGAUGCUGGAAUCAAGUACAUUCCAUCCAACACCUUUUCUUACUAUGAUCAGGUGUUGGACACCACUGCUAUGCUUGGGGCUGUUCCCCCGAGAUAUGGUUGGAAUGGCGGCGAGAUUGGCUUUGAUGUUUACUUCUCCAUGGCUAGGGGGAAUGCCACUGUUCCUGCUAUGGAAAUGACCAAGUGGUUUGACACCAACUACCACUAUAUUGUCCCUGAAUUGGGUCCAGAUGUUAAGUUCUCUUAUGCAUCACACAAGGCAGUGCAAGAAUUUAAGGAAGCCAAAGCUCUAGGAUUAGAUACUGUACCAGUCCUUGUUGGUCCAGUGUCUUACUUGUUGCUCUCAAAACCAGCAAAGGGUGUUGAGAAGUCCUUUUCUCUUCUUUCCCUCAUUGGCAAUAUUCUUCCAGUCUACAAGGAGGUUGUAGCUGAACUUAAGGCUGCUGGUGUCACUUGGAUCCAGUUUGAUGAGCCCACCCUUGUGAAGGAUCUUGAUUCUCACCAAUUACAAGCAUUUACUCAUGCCUACUCAGAACUAGAGUCAUCUUUAUCUGGUCUGAAUGUUCUGAUUGAAUCAUAUUUUGCUGAUGUUCCUGCCGAGGCAUACAAAACACUUACCUCUCUAAAGGGUGUAACUGGGUAUGGCUUUGACCUGGUACGUGGAGCAAAGACCCUUGAUUUGAUCAAGAGUGGAUUUCCUUCUGGAAAAUACUUGUUUGCUGGAGUGGUAGAUGGGCGCAAUAUAUGGGCCAACGAUCUAGCAUCUUCCAUCAGUACUCUUGAGGCACUUGAGGGUAUUGUUGGAAAAGACAAGGUUGUUGUCUCUACAUCCUGCUCUCUUCUCCACACUGCGGUUGAUCUUGUGAAUGAGACUAAGUUAGACACAGAGAUCAAGUCAUGGCUAGCAUUUGCUGCUCAAAAAGUAGUUGAAGUAAAUGCCUUGGCUAAGGCUUUGGCUGGACACAAGGAUGAGGCUUUCUUCGCUGCCAAUGCAGCAGCUCAAGCUUCAAGAAAAUCUUCCCCUAGGGUAACAAAUGAGCACGUCCAAAAAUCCGCUGCUGCUUUGAAGGGCUCUGACCAUCGUCGAGCAACAAAUGUGAGUGCCAGGCUGGAUGCUCAGCAGAGAAAGUUGAGCCUUCCUGUUCUUCCAACCACCACAAUUGGAUCCUUUCCUCAGACCAUGGAUCUCAGAAGAGUCCGUCGUGAAUACAAGGCUAAAAAAAUCUCCGAGGAAAAUUAUGUCAGUGCAAUCAAGGAGGAGAUUAACAAAGUUGUCAAGCUCCAAGAAGAGCUGGACAUUGAUGUUUUGGUGCAUGGGGAGCCAGAGAGGAAUGAUAUGGUUGAGUACUUUGGAGAGCAAUUAUCUGGUUUCGCCUUCACUGUCAAUGGAUGGGUUCAGUCUUAUGGGUCUCGCUGUGUCAAACCACCCAUCAUCUAUGGUGAUGUCAGUCGCCCCAAGGCCAUGACAGUCUUCUGGUCCUCAUUAGCUCAGACUAUGACUAAGCGUCCAAUGAAAGGAAUGCUCACUGGUCCUGUAACUAUUUUGAAUUGGUCCUUCGUUAGAAAUGAUCAACCAAGGUCUGAGACCUGUUAUCAAAUUGCUUUGGCAAUUAAGGACGAAGUUGAGGAUCUUGAAAAGGCUGGAAUUACUGUUAUCCAGAUUGACGAGGCUGCUUUAAGAGAAGGUUUGCCUCUUAGGAAGUCCGAGCAGGCUUUCUAUCUUGAUUGGGCUGUUCACUCCUUUAGAAUUACCAACUGCGGUGUCCAAGACACGACUCAGAUUCACACCCACAUGUGCUACUCAAAUUUCAAUGACAUCAUCCACUCGAUAAUUAACAUGGAUGCUGACGUGAUUACCAUUGAGAACUCGAGAUCUGACGAGAAGCUUCUGUCUGUGUUUCGUGAGGGAGUGAAGUAUGGCGCUGGCAUUGGCCCUGGUGUCUAUGACAUCCACUCACCAAGGAUCCCAUCAACAGAAGAAAUUGCUGACCGCAUCAACAAGAUGCUUGCUGUCUUGGAGACUAACAUCCUGUGGGUCAACCCAGACUGCGGGCUCAAGACUCGUAAAUAUACUGAAGUCAAGCCAGCCCUUAGCAACAUGGUUGCUGCUGCCAAGCUUCUCCGCUCCCAGCUGGCCAGUGCUAAGUGAGCUCUUAUUCUGCCAAUGUCUGGUAAUGGUAAGUAAUAUUGGGUGGCCUUUUUCCUUGAUAUAGGGAAUUUUUCUACUCAUGCUCGAAUAAUUCAUCAACCAUUUCAACUUGGUUGUUGCUUUUCUCUUGCAGUAAGUGUAGAAGUUUUUGAGAUGCUCAAUGGAGAGCCUUCAUGUUUCAUUUGAUCAUAAAUCAUUGUAUCUGUUUUUUUUCUUACAUGUUUCUACACCGAAGAAUUGAUUGGAAAAUAAUGAAGAAUGAAAAUCCUGUUAAAAGCA